AUGGGAGCAAAUGUGGGUGAAGAGGAACCAAACAUUGAUCCUGAAAUGGGGCCUCCUAAUAAAGGUACAUGGGCUAUCUCAUAUGAUGGUGAAGACACUACUGCACUCCUUUCUGAAGGUGAAACUUCUGAGGAUGAACAAGGAAGUGGAAAAAAAGAAGAAGUGAAGGAAACUAUUAAGGAGUAUGCAAUUGUCGAAGGCAAACCUAUAAAGUUUGUGAAGAAUGAUAAUUUUAGGGUCAGAGCCAAGUGUGUUGGGCACAAGUAUUGCCCCUUUGUUGUGUUGGCUUCAAAGAUAGUUAGGAAUCAACCCACUUUUGCAAUUAAGACUCUUUCUUUAGAACAUGAGUGCACUAGAGUUGAUAGGUUGGGUUAUUGCAAUGCAAGAUGGUUAUCCAUUAUAUUUGCAUACAAAAUUAGGAAAAAUCCCAACUGGGAUGUAGCAGCAAUGCGGGGAGAAGUGCAAGAACAAUAUGCUAUGAAUGUAAGCAAACAUCAAAUAUGGAGAGCCAAGAGGUUGUCAAGAGUGGUCAUUGAAGGUAGCAUAGAGCAAUAUGCAAGGUUAUGGGAUUAUGCAGAACAGUUGAAAGCUUCUAACAAGGGUAGCACAGUUGUAAUUAAGAAUGACAUGGUUGGGGAGGAACCUGUUUUUCAGAGAAUUUAUGUGUGCUUGCCAGGUUGUAAGAAAUGGUUUUUGGAUGGAUAUUUAAAAAUAGAGAAUGGGGCUGCUUGGGUGGUCAUAAGUGACAAGAAAAAGGGUCUACUUUCAGCCAUUGAAACAAUUGUGCCUACAGCUGAGCAUAGAAUGUGUGUUAGACACCUUUAUAGCAACUUCAGAGGGCAACAUUCUGGGCUCCUUUUAAAGAAUAUAUUGUGGGCAACAUCAACGGCCACCACGAUUCCAUGGUAUGAAGCAGAGAUAGAGAAGAUGAAGGUGCAAGAUAAUGAAGCUUACGAGUGGCUCUUAAAAUGGCCACCAAAGAAUUAG